ACAAAAAAACUGGCUAAACAGGAAACAAAGGUAUUAUGGGUUGUUUGACCCAUGGCCAGUUUACGCGUUACUCAAUUUAUCUAUUAACCUUCAACUGGAUUUUAGGCUUUCAGCCAAUAGUUGAACAGAGCGUGUUGAUGUAACCUUGUUUACAUUCUUUAGAGACUGGGAGCGUCAGAUAUACCUUUAACGUCCAGAAGCCAUACAGCUGAGAGAGACGCUGCGUGUUGCUUUGUUACAAACAGGCUGACGACCAUGUCACUGCAAAUGAUUGGGUUUACAGCCCUUCCCCAUGUGGGGGGGAUACUCGGUGGGUUCAUCAGGCGCAAGGAGGUCUAUACCUGGUAUGCAAACCUGAAGAAGCCCUCAUGGUGCCCACCGAAUGCAGUGUUCCCUGUGGUUUGGACUAGUCUGUACACAGGGAUGGGGUAUGGUUCCUACCUGAUCUGGAAAGAGCUUGGAGGUUUUACUGAGGAUGCUGUGGCUCCAAUGGGACUUUAUGGGCUGCAGCUAGCUCUGAACUGGGCAUCGGUUCCUCUUUUUUUCAGUGCACACAGUCAAAAAUGGGGUUUUCUUGAGAUUGUGCUUCUGGAUGGGGCAAUUGGAGCUACCAUGCUGUCUUGGUAUCCCAUUAAUCGCACCGCCUCUCUGCUCUUAGCACCAUAUCUUGCUUGGAUGUGUUACACCACUGCCAUCCGUUACUGCAUAUGGAGAGACAACCCUGAUGAAAAAGAAGAGUAGGGGACAACUCAGGAAUUUGUUUUCAGUCAUUUCUAUAGGAUGUUUAAAAACAUAGAGGAUGAAACCGGCAACACGUCUGUUGCCUGAUGGACAACUACUAUGCUCACUCUUUUUAGGUACAUUAGGAUCACAGAUGCAUAGGAAGAACAGAUAAACUCCACAUAGAAAGUUCCCAGCAGGGCUUUAACUCAUGAUCAUUAUUGCUGUGAGUUUAGACCCCAAGCAAUUAGACAUAAAUCAUGUAGAAAUUAGACCAGCUUUAUUUUGAUACAUUUUUAAGUUGAUUAGAAAUGAAAACAAGAAGAUCCACAAUGACUGGCUGAUGGAAAACUUGUAUCUAAUAAGCUGACUGAAUGAUAAUUGGAAAUGCUGGCUUUUCUGUGCAAGUAGCGUGUAUUUGGUUCUCCAAGUUAUCAGAAUAUCUCUUGCAUUAAUGUAACCUUAAAGUGAGACUUAAUUUGACUUCACCAAUGAUUUUGUAUGGGUUUUAUCUGUAAAAAUCUUCAAGAGGUAAUGUAUAAAUUGUUGCUAACUAGAACAUGUUAAAGCUUUUCAAAAAUAAAAAUAUUCCCUCUGAUUAUGA